UACUCCAAUUAUUAUAAAAUAUAUUAGAUAACAAAAAGAAAAAGGUUAGAAUUAGUUUCCUCUCUUUUUUGCUUCUGAUUUAUGACCGUCUCCUAUUCUCUCCUCUCUUCCCUUACCAUAAACCUAUUUUCGACCAUUUCCCUUCUAAAACCCCAACCCCCUUCCUUCCUUCUUUAUUCUCCGCCGCCGACCAUUUUUCUUUUCUCUUCUCUCAUAGCUUCUUCCUCUUGUGUGGCAUUUCUAGUUUCUCCCAUUCUUCUUCUCCAGAAAGAACCAACAGGUCACUCUUCCUUCUCCUCCCAGUUCUUACACUCAUGUCUAACUUGUUUCGCGUAAUCCUUCUACUUAAAUCUCCAUCGCCAGUCUUUUCUCAAGGAUUUUCCCGAAGUCCGUUGAAAUCUCUCAGAUUCUUAUCGACUUCUUCUGAGAUUGUAUCAUCUACUGAAUCUGCUCCGUUGGCUUCUAAUGCUGCCCAGCUCAAGAAUAAACGGAAGGCUGUAAUUGCGUUACUUGCGGAUUAUGGAUUGUCUGAAUCACAAAUCUCUGUCCUUGACAAGAGGUUUCCUCAAAUUCUUUCUGCGAACCCCGAGAAAAUCCUAUUGCCCAAACUGUUGUUUUUUCGAUCUAAAGGUCUUUCUUCCCCAGAGAUUGCCAAAAUAGUAUAUUCAUUUCCUUAUGUCUUAUCAGGAAGUUUAAACAAUCGAAUUAUUCCAGCCUUUGAUUACAUUCAAGCCGUGCUUGGAAGUGAGGAGAAGACUCUCACUCUCAUAAAAUACUUUGCGGGUAUUCUCACUCAGGAUCUUCGAAUUUCAGUUGGUCCCAAUAUUGAAAUUCUGAAACAAAUUGGAGUGCCGGAUUCAAAUAUUUUCAAAUAUCUUCAGUACCGGCCUAGAGUGUUCUUGACAAAUCCCAUCCGAUUCAAGGAGACUGUAGAUAGAGUUACGGAAAUGGGAUUCAACCCUCAACAAUUGCAGUUUGUUGUUGCUGUUUUUAUUCUGCGAUCACUGACCAAAUCUACAUGGGAUAAGAAGGUUGAAGUUUAUAGGAAAUGGGGAUUGUCUGAAGAAGAGAUCUGUUUGGCUUUUAAAAGGCAUCCAUGGUGUAUGAUGGUUUCUGAGGAUAAGAUUAAUGGUGUAAUGGAUUUUUUUGUCAACAAAAUUGGAUGUGAAUCAUCUUUCGUUGCUAGUAGACCAGUUUUAAUUUCACUUAGUUUGAAGAAAAGGAUUUUUCCUAGAGGCUACGUUUAUCAAGUUUUGCUGGCAAAGGGUUUGAUUAAGAAGCACGCGGAUAUUACUAUGUUCGUAAAGUGUUCUGAAAAGCAUUUCAUUGAAAAAAUCAUCGACCCUCAUAAGGAGCAGAUUCCUGGAUUGUUAGAGUCGUAUGAACAGAAAUUAAUGGAUUCUAGAAGAUGAACAGGUUUAUGAAUAUAAUUUGUACAUUUAUAAUGGCUUCAAGAACAGGUAUGUGCAUGUUUUGGAAUGAGAACUUUAAAUUUGGGAUUUUGAUUGGCAAGUAGGCUUUGUUUGUCUAUUGAAAUAAAUGGUGGUCCUGAUAUUUUUCAAACUUUAUAGCAUGUACAUUAUUUAUAUAUGUUGAUGGGACCUGGAGAUCUAGUUAUUCUUAAACCUGGUAAUGACGGGAUAGUGAUAUAGAUGUCGAGGUUAAUCAAUUAUUUGGAAAUGAAAAAAAUAUAGAGCAUGAAAAUGAAAUGAUACCA